AUGGCAGCCAUCACUCUGCGUCUGAUCGGGGCGAUCCACCUCUUCAGACUACUCAACGCGCUGCUCUGUCGGACGUACUUCCAGCCAGACGAGUACUACCAAUCCUUAGAGAUCGCCCAUCGGCUCGUCUUCGGCUACGUAUAUCAGAGCUGGGAAUGGCGUCCACUCCCCGACGGCUCCACCGGCGGCAUCAGGAGCCCACUCCACCCCUUCCUCUUCGUCCCCCUCUACUGGCUCCUCCGCAUCCUCCGUCUCGACCACACCCGGCUCCUUAUCAUCCUGCCCAAAGUCCUCCAAGCCGGAAUCGCAACAGUCACCGAUCUGGCCACCUACCCCCUGGCCAGCGUCCUCUUGACCCCAUCCUCCGCGGCUGCUGCGCUGGCAUGCUCCCUCACCUCACUCUUCAACGCCUAUGCGGGCAUCAGGACCUUCUCCAACUCACUCGAAACCGCACUCACUGCCUCCGCCCUCGCUUAUUGGCCCUGGAACCCGGCUGAGAUCUCCUCCUCAUGGGCCAAUCUCUCCUUCUCCAUCCUCCUCAUCGCCCUCUCCGUCAUCAUCAGACCUUCCUCGAUCCUCUUCUGGUCUUUACUAGGCUACACUCUCCUCCAAAAAUUCAAUGGUUCAUUCUCUUCGAUUAUGCAUUCGCAGGCUGGUGAAUACGUCAGCCAGGCGAUCACAUGCAAACUCACAGAGCACCGGAUUCCGGAGGAUGAUCGGAUCCAGAUUCCAGAUCAAACAUCUUGA